GCUUUGGUUGUUGAAAAUUAUCAAGAAGAAAUAAUGUUUUUUCAUGAAGCUGAAACUACUGUUGAUUACCGAAGCCUGUCUUGUUCAACAGCAGAAUCAUAUUGACUUGUACCGUAUCCAAGUUCCAAUAUAUUUGAACCAGGUAAUAUUUUAAUAGAACUUAAUUACGAAGAAAGAAGAAAUAGAACAUUGACGAAAGAAGUGAGAAUAUUUGAAGAAUCAGUAUUCAAUUAUUGACAAGCAUAAAUAUUUAUUUUUUUUGGUAUUUUACAUCUAUUUAUAGCUUUGAUUACUGUAUGUUCAUCAAUUUCGUCGGGCACCGUAGAGAUUGCAACACCUGUACAGAUUUGAUGGAACUGUAAUUGAUCAAAUCAAUCAUCAACUUUGUCUUUAUUAUUGUGAGUUUAAUAAAAUUUAAUCGACUGAAGAUCAAUUUUCAUAAAAUGGACAUAGAAGCUCCAUCUCCUGCCAGUGUUGAGUUGGUAUCUCAAACUCCUUCAGCUUCAAUCAACAAAUACGAAAUUAUUGGAAAAAUAGGUCGUGGUGGUUAUAGUGAAGUCCUGAAAGUUGCUGUGAAGGGAGACAGAGAUAUUGCCAAUUUCGCACUCAAAAGAACUCGCCAUGACACUUUCACAGGAAUAAUGAGCGCUAUCGAUUUACAUGAAAUAAAAGCUUUGCAACUGCUUAAGGAUGAGACCAACUUCCUUAAAUUCAUUGAACUUGUGAAAAGCGACGAGGAUGAAUUUAUCGGGCUCAUUCUAGAACUUUGUAGAGCUGAUCUGAGGGCGAUUCUUCAUAACCAUGGAAUCAAACUUAAUGUGGGUCACAUAAAAAAUAUGCUAAAACAAUACUUCACUGGAGUCGCAGCAAUGCACCACCUCAGAAUCAUGCACCGUGACAUCAAACCGGCAAAUAUACUCAUCUCGAAUGCAGGAAUUAUAAAAAUUGGCGACUUUGGAAGCUCUGUAGUGAUUGAUCAACAGUCCCAUCUCAAUCCCAAUGUUGGCACCCUAUGGUAUAGAUGUCCAGAGUUUCUUCUUGGAUGUACCAAUUAUGACGAGAAGGUCGAUCAAUGGACCUUGGGCCUUCUUUCUGUUGAGUUCUUCACCAGGGAUCCAGCUCUUUUCAAAGGGCGAAACAAUUUCGAACAAAUGAAAAAAAUAUGCAAGCUUUGUGGAUUUUUUAGUGAUGACGCUUGGCCAGAGGCCAAAGAAACACCCCACUAUUAUGUUUUCGAAAAACUAAAAAUACAUCAAGCUAAUACUCUUAAAAAAAAAAAUGCUUGA